UGUCAACAGCCUACUCGAAAACCGAGUAGCAAGGGGUUUUCAGCUCCAGCAGAAAUUCAAAAUUUAGUCAUAGAAACACCGUGUUGAUAUGACAGUUUGUAGCUUUUUCCUCCAGGGUCGUUGUCGGUACGGGGAAAAAUGUUGGAAUGAGCACCCCAGAGGAGGAAGCAGAGGAGGUGGAGGAGGCUACAAUGAUUAUAACCGUUCGUCCGGCCAGCACCAGCCAAGAGGAGGUGGUGGUGGAGGUUUUGGAAACAGAGUUUGGGUAAAUCCUUCUCAGCAGAAAGGAGGCUACAUCCAGCCUUCAUCCUUUUCCUCACAGGGAAGCAAUGACUGGGGUCGUGGAGGUGGAGGAGGGAGUGACUGGGGCAGAGGAGGAGGUGGAGGAGGAGGGAGAAGAGAAAACAUAAAGAGCUCCGAAUUUGCUUUCUCUAAUCAGAACAGAUUUUCAACACUAAGUACUUCCAACACCUUUGACAAAGGAGGAAGAGGAGGAGGAACAGCAGGGGGCAAAAUAGCUGGUGAUGAAGAUGAUGAUAAAAAACUGGAGAUCAUUCAAAUGGACAUGGAUGCUUGGGAAAGUUCAGGGCAGUGGGGCUUCUCAUGUUAUUCGAGCUUCAAGACAUCACUAUCUGGUUUUACUGAUCUUUCUCCAGAAGAGCUCAGGCUGGAGUAUUACUCUACAAGGGCAUCAGGAGAUCUGCAGAGUUAUCUUAAUGGUGUCAAUCAGUUGCUCAGUCAGUGGAAAAGCAGAGUCCAGGAGCUGAAGAUUAUGAAUCCAUCCACCCGCACAGCAUUGCUUGCAGAGUUAAACGGAGCACCGCCUCAGAUAUCAUCUAGUGGCUUUGGUUCCACGAUGACUGGGUUUGGAUCCACUACAUCCAGUUUUGAGAACAAAGGCUUUGGUGCCCCGGCAGCCGUCCAGGCCAACAGUUUCAGCUUUACUACUUCACAUACUGGAUUUGGUUCUUCAGCUGCUCCUUCAUCCUCCACAGGGUUUGGGAGCACCUUAGCGGCUUCUACACAACCUCCCUCUGCGUUUGGGUCCUCGUCCACACCCUCAGUUUCAACCUUCUCCUUCGCUUCCUCAACCACUGACAAACCAGCAGCCUCUGCAGGGUUUGGAUCAGCUUCUGGGUUCAGCUUCUCUACUACAGCAAAUGCUGGUGGAGGAUUUGGGAGUGGUUUUGGGUCCACAGCCCCCGCCACGGCAAGUGGUAGCAGUGGGUUUGGACAGACAAGUGGGGGAUUUGGGGCUGCGCUGGGAGCAGGGUCUGUUGGGGAGCAAUCAGACAGCCUUUUUUCACCUGAGGACAAACUGACUGAAGAAGAACUGAAUCAGUUCAAGGCUAAAAGAUUCACUCUUGGCCAGAUUCCACUAAAGCCUCCCCCAGCUAACAUGCUAGUAGUAUGAUACUCUGGGAAAAGUACGAGAUUAAAAAAGAUUAAUGAUUUUCUUCUCCAUAAAUCCAGCCUCUUACAUUAAUCCCACAUAAAUGGCACAUUGGUUUUGUUAAGGAAGACUUGUUUUGGGUUUUAUUUCACAUUUUCAUUAAAUGUUAAAACGUAUAUAUUAUAUACAGUUGUACUAUUGUACUUUAUAGUUGAUUGUGGAGAUCAUUUUGUUAAUGAAAGUAUGUAUAAAUAUGUAACAGAUUAGUACAAAUAUGCCUUAUAUUCAUAAGCAGAUAAAAAAAUUCAUUUGUCCAUCAACUGUUAAAAAACUAGUUUCAUGCAUCAGUCAGCAGAGGGCGCUGCUCUAAAAACUUUAAUAUCUGUCAGAUGUUUUACAUUCAAGUGAAGCUCUUAUCAAUGCUUUACUUGAUGUGUAGCUGCUUAAGCUUGAACUGCUACUCAAUUUGUUUGUUGUUUGAGUUAAAAGAGUAAACACAACACCGGCUUGUAGGCCUGCAUCCUCUUCAAGACAGUAAAUUGUGUUAACACAGAAAACAAUGAAUGUGUAAAAUGUUCAGGAUGUAUUUAUUAGGUACUGAGCGUUGGGUGGAACCACAACAAGAGUAAUACAGUAACAGAGCUGGCAAUAAGCAGUUUUAUUGUAGAAGCCUCCGCUCUGCUGACCUGAGCAUAUUUUCAGCUGACCAGGACUUUGUGAUGGUAGGAGGUGAAACAAAAUGGAUGUUGGCUACAAUAACCGCACUGUGGAUUCAGUACAAUAUUAAUUUAAUCUUGUGUAUACCUUAAACAAAACAUUAACUGGGAACGACUGUGUGCAGUUUCUCCUACUUCGCCUGUCAGCAGUCCCCUCCCACCUGCCCCCUGCUAGCAGAUAAUACAUAAAUAAUUCAACAGAUUAAAAAGAGACUAUCUCAUGAAAAGGCUCUCUCAUUUUACUGGAACUUGUUUAAUUUGCAACGCAGCGCCAUCAAACUAGCAGUUUGCUGUUGUUUAUGUAACGCAUGGAAGCGUGGAGAGUGGAUCAGAGCAGCAUCACAUGUAAAGAAUGAAGCUGUUUUUAUAUUUGAAAUAAUAAAAUUUCACCUAUCUGA